UUUAAAUCAUAUAUUAUCCUAUAAAAUUGUUUCAUGAAACUCUCGGUUAAGAGAGCAUGUUUGCAUGGUAUUCAGUGGAUUUGCAGUGGUCAUGGUCAUGGGAUGACUAUAUAUAAGAGGACUAAGCUUGAGGUUUGCUGAAUAUCAUCGACUUAUAUAGCUUAAUCACAUUAUAAUGCACGUUAACAAGGGCACGCCAGCAGCCAUGCCCGCCGUCUUGGUUCCCGGCUGCUGUCCCGCCGCUACGGCGGCGAACGAAGUCGUCGAGGACGUAUUGGGCCUGGUGCGCGUCCUCGGCGACGGCACCGUCGUCCGGUCGGCGGUCGGCCCAGUGUUCAGCCCAGCGACCAGCUUCCCUGAGAACCACCCGUGCGUGGAAUGGAAGGAGGCAGUGUACGAUAAGCCCAACAACCUCCUCGUCCGCAUGUACAAGCCGUCGCCGCCGGCCGCCGGCGGGAAGGCGCCGGUGCUCGUCCACUUCCACGGCGGCGGGUUCUGCAUCGGGUCGUGCACGUGGGCCAACGUGCACGCGUUCUGCCUCCGCCUCGCCGCGGACACCGGCGCCGUCGUGCUGUCCGCGGGGUACCGCCUCGCCCCCGAGCACCGCCUGCCCGUGGCCGUCGACGACGGGGCCGGCUUCAUGCGCUGGUUACGCGGGCAGUCGUCGUCCGCGGACGCCGCGGACGCCGACGCCGACGCCUGGGCCUGGCUCGCCGACGCCGCCGACCUGGGCCGCGUGUUCGUCACCGGCGACUCGGCGGGAGCGACCAUCGCGCACCACCUCGCCGUGCGCGCCGGCGUGGCGGCGGCCGGCGCUGGUGAAGCCGGCGACGGCGAGCGCAAGACGCCAGGCCAGCAGGUGACUACGGUCCGCGGCUACGUGCUUUUGCUGCCAUUCUUCGGCGGCGUCGAGCGCACGCCGUCCGAGAAGGCGGGGUGUCCCGCCGGCGCCGGGGCGCUACUGAGCCUGGACGUGCUCGACCGGUUCUGGCGGGUGUCGCUGCCGGUAGGCGCCACCAGGGACCACCCGGUGGCGAACCCGUUCGGGCCGGACAGCCCUGAACUGGGCUCGGUGGACUUCCCGCCGGUCCUCGUGGUGGUGGCCGGCCUCGACCUGCUGCGCGACCGAGCCGUCGACUACGCCGAGCGGUUGGCAGCGGCGGGUAAACCCGUGGAGCUCGCCGAGUUCGCCGCCGCGGCCCAUGGCUUUUACCUGCACGAGCCGGGCUCCGAGGCGACCGGCGAGCUGAUACGGGCCGUGGGCCGGUUCGUCGACAGCUGCGUGUCAGCGUCCGAGGUGCUGCUUGAUUAGCUGUUUGCAUGAGUGCAAUUUGGCUUCGUAUAUUUCUAUCGUACGUGUGUUUCUCAGUACUUUAAAAGAAGUUAACCAUUAUCUCCCAGCACAUAUGAAAGAUAAAGAUGUCGUUUGGUUCACGAAAUGUAACAUAAAUGACAACAAUACUGAUUGACACUGGAUUACAAACAAUAUUAAGUUUGAA